GUUCCGUGGACGGCAGCAUCCAGGAGGUGAACGUGAGCCCCUGCCCCACGCAGCCCUGCCUGCUCCACAAAGGGACAUCCUACAGCAUCAACGUCACCUUCGCCAGCAAGAUCGAGAGCCAGGGCAGCAAAGCCAGGGUGUACGGCGAGAUGCUGCACGUGGAUGUACCCUUCCCUAUUCCUGAGCCCGACGGAUGCAAGUCCGGGAUCCAGUGCCCCAUUCAGAAGGGCCAUUCCUACAGCUACCUGAAUAAACUCCCUGUGAAGAGCGAGUACCCCAGUAUUAAACUGAUUGUAAAGUGGGAGCUGGUGGAUGACCAGGACCAGAUGUUGUUCUGCUGGAAGAUACCAGUGCAGAUCACCAGCUGAGGAGUCCUGCCAUUAGUGGGGCUUGGGGAGGGAAAAAACAGAAGACAACACAGGCCAAAUUCUUUUAUAUAAUAAACAUUUCUUACUGCUUCCUUCAGAGCUCUGCAGCCUCUGAGCAGCUAGCACUGUGUUCCUUGCAAGGUCAGCCAUGGGCAGAGUGCUGUUACCCUGUUUAGGUGACACCCCAGGGGUGUUCUCAAGGGGCAGCAGUGUCUGCUGCGGGAGUGACUGAUCAUCAUCCUCCAGCUGCUCUGCUGAGGCACUUUAUUUGUUUGACAUGGAGCUGUCUGUCCUUAUAAAGGAAUUUCUCAGCGAUGAACCUGGCAAGUGUCUGAGCUGCUACCUAGUAACCCUCCAGUGCCUCUUCUAGAAUGCCAGCUGCAUCCACCCUCCCAUGUUUCUCCUGCUCUGUUGUGAUCAGGAUGCCCCUGAGACCUGCAUUUGCUAUCCAUGCAGCUGAAUCAGAGGGAAGGAGAGGAGUCUUUCCCUGAGCUGGCAGCCUGCUCUGCCCUGGGCCCCUGCUCAAACCAGCAGGACUGCAGCUGGGAAGACUUCCUUUUUGUGGAUGCAAAGCCAAAUGGUGUUCAAUGUCUCUGCAGGGAUGAUUCUUUCUCUAACCAAUGGUUUGCACUACUACUAACUUGGAGCUGCUGGGAGCUCCUGAACCUCUUUUUAUAACUUUUCUUUUAAUAAAGGCUAGACAAAAA